AUGGCAAUCAGUCACAACACUUUAGCUUUAACCUUUGGCAUGCUGGGUAACAUCAUUUCCUUCUUGGUUUUCUUGGCUCCAAUAUCAACAUUUUAUCGCAUAUACAAGAAGAAAUCAACUGAGGGUUUUCAGUCACUACCUUAUCUGGUGGCUUUGUUCAGUUCCAUGCUUUGGCUAUACUAUGCAUUACUCAAAAAAGAUGCUUUUCUUCUCAUUACUAUCAACUCAUUUGGGUGUGUUGUAGAAACCAUCUACAUCAUAUUGUAUAUCAUUUAUGCACCAAGAGAUGCAAGGAACUUAACUUUGAAGUUACUUUCCGCCAUGAACGUGGGAUCCUUUGCCUUGAUUCUGUUAGUGGCAAACUACGCAGUGCACGGUUCGGUUCGUGUUCAAGUUCUCGGAUGGAUUUGUGUUUCUCUUUCUGUUAGUGUCUUUGCAGCACCACUAAGCAUUGUGGCACAAGUUGUUAGGACAAAGAGCGUUGAGUUUAUGCCUUUCAAUCUGUCAUUUACUCUCACAUUGAGUGCUACAAUGUGGUUUGGUUACGGUCUCUUCCUCAAGGAUAUAUGCAUUGCGCUUCCAAAUGUGUUGGGUUUCGGUCUGGGAUUAGUUCAGAUGUUGGUGUACGCGAUUUACAGGAAUCGCGGUGAAAAAGCGAUUAAAAAGGAAAAGAAGAUACCAAUUGAGCCACUCAAAAGUAUUGUUGUAGAGAGUAAUGUCGAGAAAAUUGAGCAAGAGAAGAAGAACAAGGGUGAUGAGAAAAAGGAUGAAACUGAGGAUCCUAUAGCUUGUGGAGUUUAA